AAGAUGGCUGCCACAUCGGCGCUGUCAUUUUGGUACAGGGCAGAGCGAAGCCCUUAAUUCGAGCCGGUUCAGGCCAGAGUCUUUUUCUCUGGGGCGUCCUCGUGCUCAGCUAGUCCCCCGAUCAGCCCUUGGGCAUCCCUGGUAUACCUCCUCGGCAUCCCUACACUCAGGCAGGAAUCAUGUCUUGGGCUUCUCGCCCGCCCUUCCUCCCCCAGCGGCAUGCCGCGGGGCAGUGUGGGCCGGUGGGGGUGCGAAAAGAAAUGCAUUGUGGGGUCGCGUCCCGGUGGCGGCGGCGACGGCCCUGGCUGGAUCCCGCAGCAGCGGCGGCGGCGGCGGCAGCAGCGGCGGCAGCCGGAGAACAACAAACCCCGGAGCUGGAGCCGGGGGAGGCUGGACGGGACGGGAUGGGCGACAGCGGGCGGGACUCCCGAAGCCCAGAUAGUUCCUCCCCUAACCCCCUCCCCCAGGGUGCCCCUCCCCCUUCUCCUGGGCCACCCCUCCCCCCUUCAGCAGCCCCAUCCCUUGGAGGCUCUGGGGCCCCACCUCCACCCCCGAUGCCACCACCCCCACUGGGUUCCCCCUUCCCUGUCAUCAGCUCUUCCAUGGGGUCCCCUGGCCUGCCCCCUCCAGCUCCCCCUGGAUUCUCCGGGCCUGUCAGCAGUCCCCAGAUUAAUUCAACAGUGUCGCUCCCUGGGGGUGGUUCUGUCCCCCCUGAAGAUGUGAAGCCACCGGUCUUAGGGGUCCGGGGCCUGCACUGUCCACCCCCUCCCGGUGGCCCUGGGGCUGGCAAACGACUUUGUGCAAUCUGCGGGGACCGAAGCUCAGGCAAACACUAUGGGGUUUACAGCUGUGAGGGCUGCAAAGGCUUCUUUAAGCGCACCAUCCGGAAAGAUCUGACCUACUCGUGCCGCGACAACAAGGACUGCACUGUGGACAAGCGCCAGCGGAACCGCUGUCAGUACUGCCGCUAUCAGAAGUGCCUGGCCACCGGCAUGAAGAGGGAGGCGGUACAGGAGGAGCGUCAGCGGGGAAAGGACAAGGAUGGGGAUGGGGAGGGGGCUGGGGGAGCCCCCGAGGAGAUGCCUGUGGACAGGAUCCUGGAGGCAGAGCUUGCGGUGGAACAGAAGAGUGACCAGGGCGUUGAGGGUCCUGGGGGAACCGGGGGUAGCGGCAGCAGCCCAAAUGACCCUGUGACUAACAUCUGUCAGGCAGCUGACAAACAGCUGUUCACGCUUGUUGAGUGGGCGAAGAGGAUCCCACACUUUUCCUCCUUGCCUCUGGAUGACCAGGUCAUAUUGCUGCGGGCAGGCUGGAACGAGCUCCUCAUUGCUUCUUUCUCCCACCGAUCCAUUGAUGUCCGAGAUGGCAUCCUCCUCGCUACAGGUCUUCAUGUGCACCGCAACUCAGCCCAUUCUGCAGGCGUGGGAGCCAUCUUUGAUCGGUCCCUCUCCAGGGUGCUGACAGAGCUAGUGUCCAAAAUGCGUGACAUGAGGAUGGACAAGACAGAGCUUGGCUGCCUGAGGGCAAUCAUUCUGUUCAAUCCAGAUGCCAAGGGCCUCUCCAACCCCAGUGAAGUGGAGGUGCUGCGGGAGAAAGUGUAUGCGUCACUGGAGACCUAUUGCAAACAGAAGUACCCUGAGCAGCAGGGACGGUUUGCCAAGCUGCUGCUACGUCUUCCUGCCCUCAGGUCCAUCGGCCUUAAGUGUCUAGAGCAUCUGUUUUUCUUCAAGCUCAUUGGCGACACCCCCAUUGACACCUUCCUCAUGGAAAUGCUUGAGGCUCCCCACCAGCUGGCCUGAGCCCAGACCCAGAUGAGGUGCUCCUCACACUUGAGGAGUGAAUGUCGGACAGGGACUCCGAGCCUUGGGGCAGGGUGGGGAGGGGCCGUAUUCCUAGAACCUUGGUGGGGUGAGGAGUACAGGGCAUAACUGAGACUUCCGAGGGGCUUGUUGAUAUCCCAAGUCAGAGGGACCCCAGAAUCCUGUGAGGGCUGGAUCUCUCCAGUGGCCUUGAGUCUCUGAAUUUGUCUGAGUUUCCCGUGAUUUGGGGUGACUUCUUACCCCCUACCUGGAGUAAUCUCCUUCCCUCAGCACAAAGCACUGGCCUCGCUCCCAGGAUUUUGCUUUCUCCUCAUCUUGUCUCACCAAGAUCCCUCUCUGAAGAGUGGAAAUGGGAACUUCCCCAGAGAUAGAUUUGGGGGGCAGGCCCCCCAAAUUGAUGGACAUGGGAGUAAUGCUCUGACAGACCUUCCUCUAACCAAGCCCAGCAGAUGGGGGCGACUCUGGAAGAGGAAAAGGGGGCCGUGCUGUCUCCUGUCCAGAGUCCCCUCUCACGCUUCACCUGCAAUCGGACUGAAAAAUACAAAGGUGGUGGGAGUUAAGGGGCAGGUGGAGAUUUAAGACCCAUCUGCUAUUUUUAAUUUCCUCUAAGGAUAGAGACUUGCAGUUAGACUCAAAGAAGUACUGUACUUUCCCAGGCUGACUAAGAGAUGCCAGGGGUGGAGGUGGUGUGGGGAAAGGCAGGGCCUUGAGGUGGUCUGCCCCCUCCCCUCCCCCAUCUCUUUCUAUCUAACUUGGAGAAGCGCCCCGGCAGACGUGGCUGAGCCAUUAGGGGAUGGUUUGGCGUGUAGUCCUCAAGCCCUUCCCUUCACUGCUCUCCCCGGCCCUGGGUACACACCGCGCAGGCUGGGCGCACAGGAUCCUGGCCUGAGUAUUGAGGGGAGACGGCCGGCUCGCAGAGAUGGGUGCCGGGGCUGCAUGAUUUUUGCCCUGCAGCUCUUCUCUCUGCAGUUCCCUUCCCCUCACUUUUACUCACACAUAAAAUCGCUUUCAAAUUAAAAUCGAUGUUUUCUGUACCGA